AUGGUUCCGGCGGCUAGGGCGAUGCGGACACCAAACGAGGGCUGCGUCUGCGGCAGAGUGGGCAUGGUGGUGGUGGUGAUGCCGCUGUUGAUUGAAGUGACCGAAUUGACCCCGCCAUCCAUCCCGCCUGCGACUGGCGCCCGAGCAGCAACAGACCCGAUCGCACCUGCCUCGCAUCCACGCGACAGCGCCAGAAGGAAAGAGCACCCCGCCACAUUCACACUCGACAUUCGUAUUCCGAGAGCUGACUGGGAUAACCCAACGCAGACACAGCAGACACAGCAGACCCUGACGAACGAAGACGAACGAAGACGAACGAAGACGAACGCAGACGAACCCUGCCCCUCGUUCGGCUCCACCCUAUCCCUACAGCCGUCACCGCCACGCCUCCUCGUCGUCCAGCGCGAGUGUCUUGACGACGCCAACCAACAACUACCCCGCCAGCUUCACGUCUGCCCUCUUCGACAGCGCGACCCUCGACGGCACAUCCCGUCUUCCACACGCCGUGCGCGCAGCUCAUCGCCGAGGUACAGGGAUCCCAGCGAUCGCACCGUGCGUGCACACUUGCAACGGCGACUAGAACAAGACCGACGAGCAGUUGAUCCGAGCCAUUGUGCGCCUGGUGGCCGUCUGUGGAAGCGUCUUUCUUUGUCGUCUGGCAGCACGGCCGUCCUCCAUUGA